AUGGCGUGGCGCUACCGCCAGGGUGGUGGUAUGCCAGCGGGCCCGAAUUUCGGCAAGGGGUUUGGGGGGCCAGCGAGGGCGCCAUGGAUGGGCGCGCGCGGGCCUUCAAUGCAACCACAGCAGAAGCCGCCGGCCGAGAAACUCGAGACGCACACAUACGGGUUCAAGAGCGUGGAGCAGUUCAAGGAGAAGUACGAGCUGGGCCGCGACCUCGGCAGCGGCGCGUACGCAAAGGUGCGCGUGGCGAAGGACAAGACCGGUGCGGAGUUGGCCUGCAAAAUGAUUCCGAAAAUCCGCCCCGCGGAGUCCUACGUCUCGCCGCCGCCGCCGGGACAGGCGCAGGCUCGCCAGGAGCAGUACGAGCAGGCGGUGUUCUUGGAGGUCGAGACGAUGCGGCACCUCCGCGGCUGCCUGAACGUCGUCCAUCUCGAGGAGGUGUACGAGGACGAAGACUACGUCUACGUCGUAACGGAGUUCUGCACGGGCGGCGCGCUGUGGAAGUGGGCCGAGAAGCGGCAGGGCGGGGAGGGGUACACGGAGGCGAUGGUGUCCCGGUUCAUGCGCGGCACGCUGCAGACGCUCGCUCAGAUGCAUUCGAAGCACAUGUUGCACCGCGACAUCAAGCCCAGCAACUUCUUGCUCCUGAACGACUCCGAGGCCGCGCCGCUCAAGGCCAUCGACUUCGGCCUCGCGGUGCCGUUCGUGCCGGGGCAGCCGCGCACCGACCUCGGCCUCGACGGCACACCGCUAUACCUGGCUCCCGAGGUGUUGCAAGGGGAGGUGUGGCCCAAGUCCGACGUGUGGCAGGCCGGGGUCAUGGCGUUCCAGCUGCUGUCGGGGCGCAUGCCGUUCGACGACCGGGACGCGCGCGGGCAGCCCGGGAGCGUCGCGGCGCUGCUGCGUGCGAUUCUGGAGGAUGACGUACCUGCGAAGCUCGUGGGACCGGACUGGGAGGCGGUGUCGGAGGAGGCGAAGGAUUUCGUGCGAACGCUGCUGGACAGGAACAUCGACUCGCGGCCGACGGCGCUCGAGGCCCUGAACCACCCGUUCGUGCGUAAGAAGUCCUGGGAGGGCGGCGAGCGCCCGCUCGGAGCUACCAUCGUGCCGCGCCUCCAGCGCCACGCGGCGCAGAACAUCUUCAAGCGCACGCUGCUCGAGCGCGUCGCGCACGAGCUCGUCCGCAGCGCGCUGCACGGGAACAGCGCGGAGGGCGGCUCUGGGCGUGGCGCGGCGCCUCUGUCGCCGCCGAUGGCCAUCCCGGGCGGCGUGCCGAUCACGACGUCGCCUGUCAAGGCGGGGCGGCAGUCGCGGCUGAGGCAGGGGUCGAACGCUGGAGACGCGCCGCCGACGUUCCUCCCGCACAACGCGCAGGCGCUCGCGUACGGCGCGUCGGUCCCGGAGUCGGCCGUCCUGGCGAGCUCGUACGCCACGUCGGCCGACAUCCGCGACAUGGCGAUGUCGCCGCCGGACGAGGACGCGCCGGCGAGCUUGAGGGACCGCGAGGAGGCGCUGGAGCUCCUGCGCAGCGUCACGCAGCUCUUCGACCAGCUGGAUCGCGACGGCGACGGAGCGGUGUCGCUGCGGGACCUGCGCGACGCGCUGCGGCGGUACUCGUUCCACCUCCCCGAGGCCGAGGCGCGGAUGCUCAUGGACGGCCUGGACCCGACGGGAGACGGCCGGAUCUCCCUGGACCAAUUCCUGGCGGGCGUCGUUGACUGGAAAGCCCUCGAGGGCACCGUGGAGUGGCUGGCCGCGGCGCGGAGCAUCUUCAAGGACCUGCGGAAGGCGACGGUCCCCAAGGGGGGCGCGAGCGGCGCGGCGUCGCCGAUGGAGGGGACCGUGCGUGGCGGCAAAGUGCCGUUCAGCGCAGUGAUGGAGACGCUACACACGCAGCUGUCGCCGGACGAGGUGCGCAGCGCGAUGGGCCGCGUGCUGAUGGAGGCCGGGGUGGUGACGGCGGAGGAGUGGUUCAAGAAUCCGACGGUCGACGAGUCGGUGAAAGCGAGGACGGACGCGCUCCGCGCCCUCAGGACGGCCUCGCAGCUCCGUCUGGCGAACCUCACGGAGAAGGGCCGCCAGGAAGUGGCCGGCCUGGGACGCUACGAGAAUCGCUUGCUGACGUUCGAGCAGUUCUGCGCGAUGCUCCAGGCCGCCGAGGACGAGCAGGACUUGCGCCUGUACCCCGCGCGCGACGACCCGCGCUUCCAGACCUCCCAGGGGGAGGACUCUCGCGAUCCGAGUAUCCACGGCGCAGGUCGGAUGUCCUUCCGGUCCAUGUCGAACCGCGCCCUCGCGGCCGCCGUGCCGCAGGCGACGUCGCCGCAGCCGCGGGUCAGCACGCACACGCCCGGGGCGUUCGUGCGGCGGUCCAAGGACGAUUCUGUGCGCGGCGGGCGGCGGCCGUUGUGGGUGGCCGAGGAGGGCGGGAGCAGCCGGGGCGUCCGCGGCGAGGCGGGCGGGAGCCUGCGGGGCGGGAAGCCUGCCUGCGGGCGCGCGCUGUCGUUCGGGGCGCGCAGCCAUUCUGGGCGCGCGAUCUCCGGGCUCGAUGGCGAGGGGGGGAGUAGUGGCCACUCGAGGGAGGGGGGGUCUCUUCGCGCGGGCGCAUCGUCGGGCCGCGGGAACCCGUCGUACGUUCUGGCGGUGCCGGAGGAUCAGGCGCUGGCGCUCGAGCUGCCCGAGGGGUCGGGAGGAGGAGGCAGCCGGGCGGAAGGUUCCCUGCACUACGACGAGCCGCGCGCACACGGAGGGUCGCUCGCGGCGGCGCUGCUGCUGAGCGGCGGGUCGCGGAGGGACAUGGCGAUGUCAGACAGGGAGUGA